GAGCGGCAGCCAGCAGGCCGAGUAAAUUGCUUGUCGACAGUCAGUCGAAGCCGGCCUCUCGGCGUGGGAGCAGCGUCACUUUUUUUCUCGUGAAUUUUUCUUACACAGUUCACGGCGUCGUUCGGACCCCCGCAUGCCUGUGAGUCAAACGACGACAAAAUUCCGUCGAGGAUACGUAAAACUGUAUUUGAGAGGACGGCGAGGCUUUCUUUAUUCUCAACGCGAAGAGUAAACGAUAGUAAAACUCUCGGGCAUUAACUUCUCCCGCGUGAGAGGCAGUGAUCGCUCUUAGUGCGUGCUCGUUGGAAACGUGUCCUGUGUGUGCCAAACAUCUUCGUUUCUCACUGAGAAUUUGAGAUUUUCUUUCUUCGUUGAAGGAAGAUCAUCGGCAGUUUAUAUCUCCUGUCAUUUUUCAGCUGCUUGGUACCUUCGCUUGGUAUCUUGUCUCAACCUGAAUCUCUUGGUGUAACAGUGUUGCGUGAUCAUCGGGAGUGUUUCAUGGGAUUGAAGGAAAAGAAGAAAAAUCAAAGAUAAAGUCGAUCUCGACGCUCUCUCGACGGCAGGAGAAAAAUGUUUACCACCCGCUAGUGUACUCUGACCGUGCGGAAUACGUGCGGCUUAUGUGGUACCAUCAAAUCCCCCACGCGAACACAGCAGAACAAGUUCUCCAGGAGUUACGACGUUAAAUUGGCAAAUUCCUAAAGGAGCGACAGCUUCAAGAUAUGAGUUGACGUUCAUUUUGUAAAUCAAAACCUGCGAAGUGACAUAUCGCACGAGGAAAAUUUUUAAAUAGUCAAUUGAAAAAUUAAAUUAAUUCUUUUAAUCUUUCUCGUAACGUAAAGGGCCAUAUCAUUCUGUUACGUGUACUAGCAUCAGUGUCAUAUGAAACGAGCUUUAGAUCCUUGAACUGUUAAAUACGCUAACUAUAUUUCCAUGACAUCGAUUCGGUAAGGACUGUGAUAAAGUGCCAUAAUUACGUGCUCCCAUUUGGAUUCUCAUCAAGUGCACACUGCCCAAUAACUUAUCGAUGACAAAUGAUUAUUACCAAUCGGCUAAUCGAUUAAUGUGAUAAUUGACAUAUCUAUAUUAAAUACAUGACCUUUUGAUAAGGGGGAAAAAAAAAGAAGAAAAAUUCACCAAAUUUUCUUUAAAAUGUUACACAGUAAUAUCCCGAAUUUUUCGAAUUUUAUGAACAAUCAAUAAAAACGAGAGGAUAUCGAAUCCACGAAAAUAAUAUCAAUCACCUCGAUCGGAUUUAAUCAGUGAUCGAUCCGGUGAUAAAAUUGCAUAAUCAAAGUCGAAGCACAAGAACGCGCGUGUCUUUUCAAUGGUAUUAAAACUUGAAGAAUUUUCGAACGGAAAAUAAUAGAACGGAAAUAUAAUUUUAAAAAAUUUAUCAAUAAAAUAUAAAAAGAAGUCUCAGCAAGGCUUGGCCUGUACAAAGGGAUGAAGAUGUUACGGAGAUAACGUAAAGUUAUCUUUAAUCGUAAGAGAUCAACAGAACAAGAUUGUUCUGUCUUUCAAAGUGACCAGGUCCAAGACUAAACUGCCAUGGGGAUUCCCAGAAGAAGAUCGUUGUGGUUAAAAUUGGCCGUAUUAGCGGGCGCAGCGUGGCUGACAGUGUGCGUCCUGCUUUACACCGAAGACAGAACAGUAGCAGUCCAGAGUCUGGGACCAUCGGGCGUCGCGGCGCCACAAGUGGCAAACGGUUUCGUACUACAGGCACUGGCACUCCGAAGAGAGACCCCCGGAAACGGACAGAGCAAGUCCAAACUGAACCAAGCUGGUCCCGAGCAAGGUGGCGGCGUACUCGCAGCACCACGUGAUCAGGACACCUUAGCUCCUGGUGAAAACGGACGACCAGUUGUUCUGCCUACGAAUCUUACGGCCGAGACAAAGAAGCUCGUCGACGACGGUUGGCUCAAUAAUGCAUUCAAUCAGUAUGCGAGCGAUUUGAUAUCCGUACAUAGGACACUGCCAGAUCCUCGAGAUCAAUGGUGCAAGGAGCCAGGACGUUACCUGGAAAAAUUACCCGCAACUGCAGUUAUUAUUUGCUUUCACAACGAAGCUUGGUCGGUGCUACUCAGAACAGUGCAUUCGGUCCUGGACAGAUCGCCGGAUCAUUUGAUCCAGGAGAUCAUUCUGGUGGAUGAUUAUUCCGACAUGCCGCAUCUAAAGCGACAGCUCGAGGACUACAUGAUGAACUACCCCAAAGUCAAGAUAAUCAGGGCUGAAAAGAGGGAGGGUCUGAUAAGAGCAAGACUACUAGGAGCUGCAGCAGCGAAGGCGCCAGUCUUAACUUAUCUGGAUAGUCACUGCGAAUGCACGGAAGGCUGGCUGGAACCUCUUCUGGAUAGAAUUGCCAGAAAUUCGAGAACGGUCGUGUGUCCCGUGAUCGACGUAAUUGACGACACGACGCUGGAAUAUCAUUGGCGCGAUUCUGGCGGAGUCAAUGUCGGAGGAUUCGAUUGGAAUUUACAGUUCAACUGGCACGCUGUACCGGAACGCGAAAAGAAACGUCAUAAGAAUCCAGCCGAACCUGUCUGGUCUCCGACAAUGGCCGGUGGACUCUUCUCCAUAGAUCGUGCAUUCUUCGAAAGACUUGGAACGUACGACAGCGGAUUCGACAUCUGGGGCGGCGAGAAUCUCGAGCUAUCGUUCAAGACUUGGAUGUGUGGAGGUACCUUGGAAAUCGUACCUUGCUCCCAUGUUGGACAUAUCUUCAGGAAACGUUCACCUUACAAAUGGCGUAGUGGUGUCAACGUGCUCAAGAGGAACAGUAUCAGGCUGAGUGAAGUGUGGCUGGAUGAGUAUGCCAAGUACUACUACCAGAGGAUAGGACAAGACAAGGGCAAUUACGGGGACGUGUCGGAGCGUAAAGCACUUAGGAAGAAGCUGGACUGCAAGUCCUUCAAGUGGUACCUGGAUAACAUCUAUCCGGAGCUCUUCAUACCUGGUGAAGCGGUUGCGUCGGGCGAGGUUCGUAAUCUUGGUGAGGGCGGAAACACCUGCUUGGACUCCCCUGCUCGCAAGGCUGACUUACAUAAACCGGCUGGACUCUACCCCUGCCAUCGACAGGGUGGCAACCAGUACUGGAUGCUGAGCAAGACUGGCGAAAUACGACGGGAUGAAUCCUGCCUGGAUUACAGCGGCACUGAUGUGAUACUUUAUCCAUGUCAUGGGAGCAAAGGAAAUCAGCAAUGGAUAUACAAUCCACAGACUAAACAAAUACGUCACGGUAGCAGCGACAAGUGUCUGGCUAUCACUGAGAGCAAGCAACGACUACUUAUGGAGGAGUGUUCCGCGUCGGCGCUCAGACAAAGAUGGUCCUUUGAAAAUUAUGAUCCAUCGAAGCUGUGAUAUCGCGCAUUCUCGCGACAGGAUCAAUCCUUCUCGAGCCGGAGCGGCCAAUACGAUUUUGCGGCGGUACCAUGGGCUUCCGGACAUCAGCAGCAGCAACAGCAGCAGCAACAGCAGCAACGUUAUUCUAUGGCAAAGACACGUUUCGGACAAUAGAUACAUUUUAGUGAAACAAUAUCGAAUUGAUAUCGAUCCUUGCCGAGGGAGAGAUUCUUUAGAUUCUUUCAUGAGAUUACUCGAAUAAGCGUGAUUUGAAUUGUAAAUCGAUCGAAUCUAUAUUAUACAUAUGUAUAUCCUGCUAAUUUUUAGCUAAUUAGUUUGACGAAGAUAUACCAAUCUUGUCUGGAAUUAACUGACCCUUACGAAUUAUUGAUACGAUAACAAAGAUUCUUGAUGGGCCAUCCUUGUGCAAUGUGUUUACUGUACGAGAAUCACCCUUGAUCCCGAGGAUUUUUCUGGGUAGUUUCUGUUAUUUUUAUUAUUAUCUUUUCUGAGUUUUUAGGAGAAUUACAUAUGUAGAGUAACGAGAAUCUAUUGUGACGGGACGUAUAGGCGCUCGCUAUUGACUGAUCUGUCUUGAGUUGUUAGGAGAAUAUUUUUAUUUUAUUUUUUCCAUUCAAUGGCGACGCGCCUCUCGUUUAUGCAAUUGGGUAUUACUGUGCUUAAGUAUAGCUAACAUUUAAGAUAGAUUGGAAUUACGAAUUUUCUCUGUAAAUAAUUGACAAAACUCGACGUUCGGUUCCAAGUUUCAUUCGAGGACAUUGAAACAUCGUCGCGACGUGCGACGAUCGUGAUCAGUUUUUCAUGAAAUUCGAUGUGUUUUUCCAUGGCGAAUCUCCGGAUAAGAAAAUGAAAAUAUAAAGCGGGGGACAGGGGGCGUAGCUGGAGUAUAAAAGAUUUACGACGAAAUCUCGAUAUUCGCAUGUAACAGCAUACGUCGAAUUUGUAUUUAUUGAUAGUUUAUCUUGCGUUUAACAUUCGUACUUUAGAAAUAAAUUCCAUUGACGUGUAGAAAAACUCGUCGGAAUUUCUAACACAUUCCAAAAUCGUGCGUUCGCAGUUCUAUUGACCCUUAUCGCUACAGCAGUAUUGCCGAUUGGAGUGAUAAGGGUUAACAUUAGAACUGUGCAAAAGACUUUCAUGAUUUUUACUCAAAUCAUUAGUAGAUUAAGAGAACAAUAAUGUGUAUAACGACAAACAAAUGCGAAACACAUUCCAGCGUCAUAAAUUUGUACAUUCGUGUAAAGAAAUUAACUAAGAUUUUUCAAACAUUAAUACUUGAUUAAGCCACUUUGAAAAGUUUAAAUACAUAGCCAAUCGAAUGCGUAAAUUGUUCAAGUUAAAUAGAAAAAUUUACGACGUCCUAUUAACGACUCAUUUUCAACAUUGCACGCAGGAUCGACAUGCUUUUGCAAUUGAUAAUUCAAAAAUCACAAACAUCGAAUUAUCGACGUACAAUGCGUUAAGCGUCUCAUCCUAAAGAAUUAUCGCAUGAAAUAAUGCAUCAGUCGUUUGAGUAAACGAAAAGUAUUAAAAAAUAUUUGAUCUUGAAAAUUAUUGCGUUUCGAUAUGGCUGACCCGACUAACUGCGGAUGUAACAAUUAAUUACGUAAGAAUAUCGUGGAAUUAUCGUUAGAGGUUUGAAAGAGGCGAGUGCUUAAGUGGAUAUUAUUGAUUAGCAAAUCCUCGUCGUAGAAUUAUUAAAUGACUUUAAAUAAUUAAUAACAAUGAUGCAUAAGGAUUUCGCCACUUUGCGAAUUAUCGCGAAUACGUGCGUCUAUACAAGGUUUAAUUGAAAACACGCUCCAAGAACAUUCUAAGAGAUUUUCGAAGAACUGAAAGCAUUCAUUCAUCCAUUCGCAUCUCUUGGAGCGUGGCUGAGAUGCAGGAAAGCAUUUAUAUAUAUACACUAUAUACAUACAUAUAUAUAUAUAUAUGAAAUUUUCUACACUUAGUAAGGAUGUAGCAUAUCGUAAGAGAAAGUGACAUAUGGAGCCGCGAAACGGCGAUAAAAGAAAAAGUAAAUUGAGAAUCGCGCGACGCGGCGCGUUAAUUAAUGUAAUAUCAAACGUGCCUUAUUUCAAUGUGUACAUAAAUAUUAUUACCAUGAUUAAUUCAUUACUACGAGAACCUCUAUGAUAACGUGCAAGAAUUUGUGUUAAAUAAAUCGAUGUUGUUUUAUGUUAUCGAUUA